UCGUGCGGAAUCGAAUCGUGACUCCGUUAUCUCGCACAUGCGUGUAAAAUCAAGCCUUUUGCUAGGUAUAUUUAAUGCAGAGCUCGAACUGCCACGCGGAGUGAUCUGAACACGGACGUCGAUAACGCGUUCAACUUGAAGUUGCUCUGACCAGUGACCGUACUACAGAGACCACGAGCUCGUGUCAACAAUGGCCGAUCCUGCAAGAGCGCAAGAGCUCAAAGCCGAAGGCAACGCGCUGUUCGCGAAGGGCGAGUACGCUGCCGCGCACCAGAAGUACGAGGAUGCCAUUCAGUACGAUGACCGGAACGCGAUACUGUACGCGAAUCGGGCGGCAUGCUCGAUUCACUUGGACAAAUUCUCUGAAGCCAAGGCCGAUGCUAAGCAGGCUGUUGAACUGGACCCGGCGUAUGCGAAGGGAUGGGCACGUAUGGCUACAGCCUGCGAUGGUCUCGGCGAAUAUGGGGAGAGUGUUAAAUGCUGGAGGAAGGCUAUGGCUGCCUUGCCGAAGGAUAACCUCACUGCUUCGGACGCGAGACAAAAGAAGCAAUGUGAAGAUGGCUUGAGAACCGCGGCCGUCAAUAUAGCGAAGGCUGCCGGUCUCGUUGACAUGGGGCAGAUGAGAGGGAAGUUUCCGUGGGAUCGCGUCAAAGCGAUAGAAAAUGAAUUGCACGCCGGUUUGCCUGCGAACGCUGGCAGCAGUGCCUGGCUCAUGCUGCGUGCUGCGAAGUUAUGGGAUCGAGGUAUGCAGGCUAUGAUGCAGCAGAGAACGCGAAUCGGCCCUACUGGAGAAGAAUUCGGGGGCUGCCCUGGUGCCCUGACUGACCUCACGGAUGCGAUUCUCACCGACUCGCGGAUCUUCCGCAUGGAGGGAUCAUGGAUGGACAUGUACAAUAAACAAGUGAUGUUGGAAACGAUGAACUCGGGCGCGUGGCCUGCACUUCCAAUGGCAAAAAUUCAAGAAGAGGCAAUGAUGCGGCAGCAAGAACAUGGGUGGGAUGCAGCUCGUCUUGCCGUCGAUGUUACUAUCCGCAUAUGGCUGAUGCAAGGAUUUGUCGCUAGCAAUACCGGGACAGACACACAGACAUCCUUGCGUCCCUUCAAUUUGAUUUUGGAACUACUCAACUGGGGGCAGACAUCGUCGUGGGGAAACAGCUCUACAAAGGACAAGGGCAACGUCUUUGAGGAUUACUUUGUCCGUGGCGUCCGCAAGCUGAGGAUGGAAGCGAUGAUGGCUCAUUGUGCGAAAAGUCCACCCCAGGGUCUAGAAGCAGCCUUGAAAGCCUUGUAUGAAGAGGCACAGAUUGUGAUGCAAGAGGUUGGGCCGUCCUUGCCCGAAGGCGAACAUGAACCAGGCUUUGUAUCGGCGUUUGGCAUCUACCCCAAGGCCCACGCAUAUACUGCGAUUGGGUUUUAUCACCAGCAGACAGUCUAUCGUUACAAGUCGCAAAGUGACUACGAGAUCGUGUGCGAACACUCCUUCAAGGCAUACCAGGCUUACCGGGAGGCAGCCAUGCUCUUCCCCAAGGAUGAUGAAUCACGCGCCUGGUUCAUCGUCAUUGCAUUCCAAUCGCUGCAGCAGGCUAGAAGUACAUUCAAAGUGGCCCUGCAUGUUAUGGAGGAACUUCGACUCGCUCUUCCGGAAACCCACAAGAUCUGGGAAUUCUCGCAAAUUGCUGUACGAGGUAAAGACAAAGCAUGUAAGGACAUCUUGCAGCUGGAGCAGAAGAUGAGGAAGGAUCUGGGCGACGGUAGAAUUACGCUUGAGGACCACAUGCCUGCAGGCUACUCCCUCACGUCGUGAUUGAAUGUUGUCACACAGUAAACGAG